AUCGUGAUGAAACACAUCAGGCCGAAUCCAUUUGAUUGUUUUUGUCUAACAUGGGCUUUUAUAUUCAGUCUUGUAGCCUCUGCCUAUUCUACUUCUAUGUUUAGAUCCAAAUAUGUAAACUAGACUAAAACUAAGCUGAGUUGCGUAUUUCUGUAAUGCUUGGAGAUCGGUUGACCUUUUAUUUUGGUUCGUUUAUUUCCCCGUUUAAAUAGGUGGACUUCAAUAUGGACUAUUUUGAUUUAAAAAUAAUGUACGCAACUCUCCGUGAAAUCGAAAAGAUCUGCAUGAGUGAGACUGACGUAUUCCCACUUUUCCACAGAAGCUGUGCGUAUUACCAACUGCAGCAUCGGGAAACAUUUCCUCCCCCCGGCGGGACAAUAUAAUGUAUAACAUGGAAGCUCUGCCGGUAGACGUUGUCCACUUUUCCUUUAUCAAUGCUGACUAAAGUUGUGAUCCUGAUUCCUGACCAUAUGGCUGCGGCUGUGGCUCAGUCAGCCUCAUACUGAAAUCACUCCGGUCCACUUGAACCUGCGCGUCCGGGAAACACCACAGGACAAUGAACAUCUGAUCUGGAAGACCUUGGUAUUUACCCGGACUAAAAGAAGGACGUCAACUUUAGUUGGGAUACUGCUUUUACCUGUUUUUUUACUUUAUGAAGAGAAACACCAUAGGAAAAAACAUCCACAAGAGAUAGGCUGGGAGGGGAUGCGUCAGAGGAAGUCGGAUGAAGUUCCGAAAUAAAUGCGGAUGAUCUGACCAGGGUAGCGUCCUCAUCCACUGGAAACCAAAGACGGACCUCCUUAUCGUCCCACCCAUCCGAGGGGAGGAGGACAAACCCACGUGUCCUAAGCAUCUCACACGACCUAAACAUCUUCUCAGGCACAUUAGACACUUAAGACAGCUAGGAACCCCAACCAAGCUUCUCUGAUUAGAACGUGAUCAUAGUUUUUGAACCCGUCCCAUGCCUUCUGAUUAGAACAUGAUCAUAGCUUUUUGAACGCCAACCAGGCUUCUCUGAUCAGAACGUGAUCGUAGGCUUUGAAGCCCAAACCUUCCCCGGUUCCCGGUUCGCGUGGGAGGGCCUGGCCUCUCGUUGUAACCCGGACCAUGAAGCCCCAGCGGCGGUCCUGCUGUAGGAUGACUUCCAGCCCCUGACUUGAUGCUCUGUGGUGAGGAGAUCCACAACACGUUGUUCAUCUGUUUCGGUGAUCGUCAAGGUGGAUUGCAGUGCUCAACGCCGAGGGUUAUUGAAAAGGAGGAGCCCCAUGUAAUCUUUCAAUGCAUUCAGAGCUCUAAAGGUGUUGUUUCUGUCUGGCGGCCGCCGGGAGAUCAGAUAAGAAGAGCGCUGGGAAGAGAGAAGCAGCGCCUGCUGUUAGGACCUGCAUACAAAUGAAUCUCCAGCAAGCCUCAAGCAAGACUGCUGCACCGAAUCAAUACUGGUUAACCAAAGCGGACAAAAGAUCCAUUUCCAUUACGAUGCCGUAGAUUGUGGUUUGAAUUUUAAUAUGCAAAUAAAAAAAAUAUUGAUGUAAGAAAUUUCAAAAGGGGGGCACGGAGAUAAGGGGGCAUAUUAGAAUUUUAUCGCUGAAAACGGAGGGAACCCUGAAAUCGAAAAAGCUCCUUGUCAGAGCGCUGGCGUGUGCCACGAUGCAGUGCUCCUCGUUGCCAUGAAGGAAGAGCCCUUCAGUCACUCCCUGUAAAGUCCCAGAAGAUGCUGAUGACACUCUUUUGAAACUGCUUAGGAGAUUUGUACAGGCACGAGGCGAGAUGGAGCUCGAUAACAGCUCGCUGGAACUUUACUUCGGCAACGGCACUGAAGGGUCUCCGGAUAACACCACCACAAACCUGCCCUGGGACGAUGCCACGCUGCUGGGCCUGCAGGUCUCCAUCUCCGCCCUCCUGGCCCUCCUCACCCUGGCCACCGUGCUGUCCAACGCGUUUGUCAUUGCCACCAUCUACCUGACCCGCAAGCUGCACACGCCGGCCAACUUCCUGAUCGGCUCGCUGGCCGUCACGGACCUGCUGGUGUCCAUCCUGGUCAUGCCCAUCAGCAUCGUGUACACCGUGAGCAAGACCUGGGCCCUGGGCCAAAUCCUGUGCGACAUCUGGCUCUCGUCGGACAUCACCUUCUGCACCGCCUCCAUCCUGCACCUGUGCGUGAUCGCCCUGGACCGCUACUGGGCCAUCACGCGCGCCCUGGAGUACUCCCAGCAGCGCACCAUGCGGCGGGCGGCCGUGAUGGUGGCGGUGGUGUGGGUCAUCUCCAUCUGCAUCUCCAUCCCGCCGCUGUUCUGGCGCCAGGCCAAGGCGCACGAGGAGCUGACGGAGUGCAUGGUGAACACGGACCAGAUCUCCUACACGCUGUACUCCACCUUCGGCGCCUUCUACGUGCCCACGGUGCUGCUGAUCAUCCUCUACGGACGCAUCUACGUGGCGGCGCGCUCCCGCAUCCUGAAGGCGCCGGCCAGCCGCGCCAAGCGCUUCACCACGGCGCAGCUCAUCCAGACCUCGGCCGGCUCCUCCCUCUGCUCCAUCAGCUCCGCCUCCAUCCAGGAGGCGCACCUCCGGUCGGCAGCCGCCGCCGCCGGGGUCGGGGCGUCGCCGUCGGGCACCAACAGCGUGAAGGUGAAGCUGGCGGACAACCUGCUGGAGAGGAAGCGCCUGUGUGCGGCGAGGGAGAGGAAGGCCACCAAGACGCUGGGCGUGAUCCUGGGCGCCUUCAUCGUGUGCUGGCUGCCCUUCUUCGUGGGCACGCUGGUGCUGGCCGUGUGCACCCAGUGCUGGUUCCACCCCCUGCUGUUUGACGUGUUCACCUGGCUGGGGUACCUGAACUCCCUGAUCAACCCCGUCAUCUACACCAUGUUCAACGACGACUUCCAGCAGGCCUUCCACAAACUCAUGAAGUUCAGGAGGUGCUCUUGAAGAACUGCUUGUUUGCUUUUCUUGCUUCAUCUUUUGACACUGUUCAUGUGUUGGAUUCAAUUGACUGACGGAAAGAGAAUAUAUGUAUUUUAAGAAAGGACAUCAAUGUGAGUCAAACUAUGGACAUGAGAGAUCUAUUUCAAUUCUAUUAUAUUUGUAUAUAUAUCGAGAAUAGAAAAAGAUAUAUAUAUGAAUCUAUAUAUAUAUAUGAAGAUUUAUGGAGAAUAGAAAAAGAGCCUUAUGGACUACAGUGUGUUCCAUUUAAUGUAAUGCUAUUACUAAAAAAAGAUAAGAUCAGACAUAAAAGAUGAAAUAUAAAUAUACAUGACAGAAUGUGUUUUAGUGAGCUGUGUUUUUUUGUUUGUAUGUACUUAAAUCUUAAAUCACAGAAACUGUACCGUAAAUGUCCAGAAACGUCUUCAAACACAUUGUUGCAUGUGUGUCUGAAAAGACGCUUUCUUGAUAUUUCAUGAAAACACGAACUGGGGUAUUUUUAAUCCACAGAGAAAGGAUAAUUGUGAAAGAGAUUCCAUAAGAGAAGGACAGACUCCUCUUGUUGUGGAGAGCGGGAAUGAAAGCCAUGGAAUAUACACGACCACGUCCCAGAAUCACAGGAUAUUGUCCAUAUGAAGUUGCUGUGACACAGUAUGUAUUUUAAGAAGUCUAUGAAGUGUAAAUAUCUAAUUAUAUGAACUAUAACAAUGAGUUUGUGUGUGUGUGUGUGUGUGUGUGUGUGUGUGUGUGUGUGUGUGUGUGUGUGUGUGUGUGUGUGUGUGUGUGUGUGUGUGUGUGUGUGUGUGUGUGUGUGUGUGUGUGUGCCCCAUGAAAACAAUAAGCAUAAGAAAGGAAAGCAGAAUUUCGUCUUUAGAUUGUAAGUAGCCCUAGCAACAAAUUAUACUGAUUUGUUGGAUGGAAAUAUGCCGAAAUUGACUGAAGAAGAAAUAUAAACUGCAUCAUACAUGCCGAUGUAAAGGUCAUGGGAAACAUAGUCUCACCAACAACAGACACUUUGGCUUUGUAUCUGUUUCGACCAAUCCUGUGGCAGGAGACGGGAUCUGUGCGCGGGUAUUUGGCGAACACAAACCCGGCCAACAGUAUUCAACGGUAGAAAGGGUCUGUAAAGGCUCUGCAUCAACGCGGCUGGCCCCUGGAGAAAUACACGUAUCAAAACCCCUUCUGAAAGCUCCCUCCUCUUGCACCAAUGCCUUUCCUUUGGUAGAAUAGCUUCAGAAUUAUACAACAAUCAUGGCGUAACUCCGGGCCUCCGGCCGUCUGCCGUCAGGACUGCUGGAUCCGAGAUGAUGGGAAACAUAAAUCAAGGUGUCCCUCAAUAGCACAGAGGUGGUGCUUGAAGUGUGCAGCAAGGUGAAGUUGAGAUGGUUUUAGCCAAAGGUAAAGAACCUAAAAGAUAGGUUCCCCAUGCCAGAAACAGAACUAAUUCUGAACUCUUGCAGAUUUCUGCCUCUGUUGACUUUUAAAGUGAAUCCAAAUCGCAAUGCCGGCCAGGAAACUAGAAAAACAAAGUGUUCUGGUUUGACUUGAGGUUGACCUUGGGAGCACGUCAUUUUAGAAAUGUAUUGGAGAGUAAAGAUCGUUUAUUCGCUUUAGAAACUAAAAGAGGCACCCCUACACAAUCCUAAUGGAUAGUUCAUUGACCUUCUACAUCCCACCAUCUUUUCAGUUUUGUUAACUUAUUUCUGAUCCACCGAAUUGAAAAUGACUAGGCAAAGCAAGGCAAGGCAAGGCAAGGCAAUUAUUCUACUGGAGGAAAUCAAGUUUCAUGAUCCUUGCAAAACCAUUUGCUGGCUUUCAAAGCAAAGCAGCGUCUGCUGUGUACGAUGAUGCUCAAUCUGUAGGGAUAAGGUUAAUGUGGUAGGGUUAGGGUGAGGGUUAAUGUGUUAGGGAUAGGGUUAAUGUGGUAGGGUUAGGGUUAGGGUUUAUGUGGUAGGGUUAGGGUUAGGGUUAAUGUGAUAGGGUUAGGGUAUGGGUUGAUCUGAUAGGGCUAGGGUUUGGGUUAUCGUAAUAGGGUUAGGGUAGGGUUAGAGUAGGUUUAGGGAUAAUGUGGUAGGGUUAGGGUAAGGUCAGGAUUAAUGUGAUAGGGUUAGGGUAGGGUAAGGUUUAUUGUGAUAGGGUUAGGGUCGUGUUAAUGUGAUAGGGUUAGGGUUAGGAUAGGGUUAAUGUGAUUGGGUUAGGGUAGGGCUAGGGUGAAUGUCAUCAAAUUUGUAUUAGGUGUUGGAGCCAAACCAGGAUGAGACUGCAGUCAGAAGCUGUCAGAGUCGUAAGAUGAAGAAGAAUCUGCCCGCAGUUCAUCCUGGGUGACAACGCUUGAGGGUUAUUAAGGUUAAAAACAUUUGAGGUAUCCUGUAAUGACAAACUAAAUGUCUGAAAGAGUGAAUUUCUGGAUUGAAUGGAUGAAUUGAAAAUGAAAUAAUAAAAUAAGAGACUUCAGAAAUAAAAUAGAACUGAAA